GAAACACUGAAUACAGAGCAGUAAUUUCUGACAAAGAACAGCCCACCAACCAGGUCUUCUCAUUUGAGGGAACUAGUGAGUUAGGUCACGUGAUUGGUAGUGGGGUGAGUUCAGUUGAGAGUCAGUAUGACAACAAAAGCAGAGAGGGAUCAGAGGGGGCUGAAUGGAUAGAGCAACCCAGUGUUCAUUCCCCAUUUGUUCUGGUGGACUGCUCCACUGUCAGUCAGACCGCAGUCAGUCCAGGAGAAGCUGCUGAGACUCAGAUCCAGGCUGACCAGUCACUAUCCCCAAGCCUUGUUGAGUGGGACAAUCUUGUUUCCAAGAAGCAUGGUCUCUCGUUUACAAUGGUCCAAAAUGAAGAUGGGCCUGCUGCUGAAAACCAAGGUGGUCCUGACAGUGAGACCAUUGGAAAUGUGGUGGGUAAAACAACAGAAACCAUGUCUUUAAGCUCCAGCUCUGGGGGGGAAAGAGACACACUAAAGUAUAGCCCUGACAGCCUUCACGCAGGUAGUCGCGAUGAACUCAGGUCCAAUUCUGACGGAGAUUCUUCAUCAGGUCUAGAAAUGGAUUACAUCAUUGUGUCAGGCACUGUAAAAGAAGCUGAGAGAGAGUGGCACGAUAGGCCUAAAAGGGUCGACAGGCAAUCAAAAGGUACAAGAAAGUCUAUGGAGACAUUUAGCAUGCUUUCCUAUGCUGCAACGGUACUGCAAACCCAGGCCCAAGCUGCAAAGAGGGAACACCAGGAGGAACAAAGAAGACCAAAUCAAGAGAUCAGAGGUACUGACAGUAUACUUGGCAAAGUUACAGAGCAAAGUCAAGCUCAUUACCAAGCAAGUCCUGAUAAUGCCACUGAGCAUCACAUGGUGCCAGAAAUACUCAGUCCCAGUCAAUCAGAUUCCAGACCAACAGAUUACAGUCAAACACAGGUAGAAGAAGGAAACUAUGAGGAUAAAUCAAGCACUGUGGCCAGAAGUGUGUCUCCAUCAUUACGAUAUCCAUCAGAUCACUUUCUGAAAACCAGAGAGGAAGUGUAUGUCCAUUCACAGAUCUCAAUGGAAGAUUCAGAUGAGGGUGGGCAGUCACCUUCUGCACCUCCACCGUGCCCUACUUCUUUGAGCGACUUUCAAGUUUGGGGGGGUCAGUUAGCGAGACAGGAUGCACCUCAAACCACAUCUGAACCACAAUCACCUGUACUCACCAACAGUUCGGUCUCCCACACCAGCUCUUUAGUUGGCACCCCAUUAAGUGAAUCUGGUAUUCCCACUGACAGAGGACUUGGAUUACCAUUUUCUGGAGAUUUGAUGGAAGAGGAGAAUGAUGAGGAAGAGCAUGAGGAGGGGAUUGAUUUAGAGAGCACUAACCUGCCUAAAUGGGCUUUGGAAGUACAGCGUGGGAGGGAAGAAAGACAACAGGCAGGAACUUCUGAUCUGCUGAGUUUCACUGAGGAGCUGAUUGGAGGGUCUUCAUUUCAACAAUCAGAUUCACAAACACUUGAGCCAAAGAGAGACACAUUCCUACAUAAUACAAUGGAUUACUAUAAUGGACAGCCUCUAAGGACUGGUGAUCAUGAUAGAUGGUCAACUGAGCAACACAUUGGAGACCAUAAGUCUUCUCAAGAAAGUUAUUCACCUGUUUUAAGAAGACACCAAGAUGUUACAUCACAGUUUUCCUCCCAGCCAACCAGCGAGAACGCUGCAUACCAGUGGACAGGAAGUGAGAAUCUAACUCAGGAUCAAACCCAACAUGGCUACAACUACCACCACAUUGACCAAAGAACUGAACACCAGAGCGCCCACGCAGCCUGUGUAGCUACUAAACCCAACAGCCAGCAAAACACCACAGAUGUCUAUGCUGAGUUUACAAGUGAUACCACCGCUCUACAGUACGGAUCUGAGCAGGCUGAGAGCUAUUAUGAUGCUGGAGGCAAUGCUGAGUACAGAUUGGAUGAUCAAAGUCCCAGGUUCACGUAUAUAGCUGAACGCCAGUAUGGAGAUGACUCCAACUCUGAACUUCAGUGCUCUCAGUAUCACACUGAUGACCAGGGGCAGUAUGAAUCAGACCACGGCCAUUACCAGUAUGACGGACAGCAAUUUUACCAAUCACAUGUCCAGCCUGAGAGAGAAGAUCAUGCACGGUAUGUGCCGGAGGGAUACGUCCACUUCCUUUCCUCAAGACACUCCCAACAGGGAGACGGUGCAGCAGGGAUGAUGAUGAAGACGGCCUCCAGUGAGGAGGCUGCUGAGGAGAUGGAUAACAGAGAAGAUCCGCCCUCCUCUGCAGAUCUGUCAGGCGGGUCCAAUCAAAGGAGAAAGCUGACAGCUCCACCCAUGAAUGUCUCACUGGACCGCAGUGAAGGGUCUCUUCUCUCAGAAGAUGCCCUGGACACAGAAGAUGAGGCCUUGGAUACUGGUGAUGAUCUUGAUGUCAACAUAGACGAGCUGGACACACCUGACGAGGCCGACUCACUGGAGUUCAACCGACACGGAGAAGAGUCUCACCUGGGUGCAGCAGCAGCAUCAAGUGAAUCUAUCGCAGGACACAGAGCAGCUGAGGAGAGCCGAGAAAACAGGCUGUGGAGGAGUGUGGUGAUCGGAGAGCAGGAGCAUCGCAUUGAUAUGAAGUGCAUUGAGCCGUACAAAAGAGUUGUUUCCCACGGAGGUUAUUACGCUGAACAGAAUGCCAUCAUCGUGUUUGCAGCAUGCUUUCUACCUGACAGUGACUGUGACAACUACAAUUAUGUAAUGGAAAAUCUUUUUCUGUAUGUAAUCAGUACCUUGGAGCUAAUGGUGGCAGAAGAUUACAUGAUUGUUUACUUGAAUGGCGCCACACCACGCCGGAGGAUGCCCGGCUUCACCUGGAUGAAAAAGUGCUACCAAAUGAUAGAUAGAAGACUGAAGAAAAACCUUAAGAUGUUCUUCAUUGUCCAUCCUUCCUGGUUCAUACGGACUUUGCUGGGAAUCACCAGACCUUUCAUAAGCUCCAAGUUUAGCAGUAAGAUCAAGUAUGUGAACAGUCUGCAGGAGCUUGGAGAAAUCAUCCCAAUGGAGUACGUCCACAUUCCACCCAGCAUUGUAAAGUAUGACGAGGAGAGGGGUUUACACAAAUUUGCAUGCAUGAGACUGGAUACAGAACUGCAAGACGCAGCAGCUAAAGCCGACAGGAAGGGGAGCUCCUUUGUCUGACAGUUUCAAGAUACCUGGCUGCUACCUACCUUCUCCCUGCAUUAUGCUGUGCUCUACCACAGCAUAUCUGAAUAUAAGCCAGCCUGCAGCAUGAUGUGUACGGCACGUAGUUGUUACACCAACAACUAGCAACGGGUUAGAAAGGAAGAUGCUGUGGUACAAAACAUCAGGCAGUUGCUUGUUCAUUGAGGAAAAUACUAACCUGAGGGUGCUGAACAUAAUACUGUAUUUACAGUGCAGAGACUGUCACUGUGCCGAAGGGAAGAUGCUUUAUCCUGUAUUACUGUACCUUACACAGCACUUGAUUGUGUCCCCCAUACUGUAGCGAUUGUUUUCUUUGACUUAAUCUUUAAUUUGAACAAUACUUUGAUUCCCAUGUGAUUCACUGUGGAGGAAUUACUAACCGGCUUUGUCACAUUCAUGUAUUAAUCUGUCCUGUCAGCUGUACCUUUUGUAGCCCAUCUUCAUAAUGAAAAGUAGGGAUUCUCUGAAGCUGUGGCGAGGCUGAUGACACUUACAGCUAAUAACCAAACACAUGCAAACAUAAAUUGUAUUACAGCCCAUCUGCUCGCACAUAAACAUUUGUGUUGCCUUGGUAAUUGGGAUGUGACUGUAAUGUAGCUCUGUCAAUAGUCUGUAAUGUUAAGGGACACUCUAUUUAGACUGUAAUUUUAGGUAGUCAACAGUUUACAAUAAUAUGAUUCACACAUGACAAAAUCUUUGUACUGCACCUGUGUGUUCAGUUUUAAUGGCAUGAAACAGAAUGGCUGAGCCGAGGUUUUUGAAUAGUUACCGAUGGCGGAGGUGGCUCCUGUCACAGUGGGUUUUUACAUGAUGUCACCAUCUCACUCAGCACCUCAUACAAUCUUUAAAAGGCUUUCAUCUAAUAAUACUGUGUCACUGUGAAAAAAACUUGCAACAUCAUAGCAUAAAGGUAGCAAAACAGCAGUUAUCUACAAUGACCCUGAGAGCUCAGCAC